UCAAAUACUUAACGUGGCACGAACUGCGCAUGUGCAACAGGAAGUUGAUUUUCUGGACGUGGCAAUCGUAUCGUGUAUAAGUCCUGUCAAAAAGUACAUGUCAACACAAUAUACGAAAUAAACUGGAUACAAACAAGUAUACAAGUCAAUAUAUGAAUUAAUGUUCACACACACCCAGCUUUAUUGAGGAAUAUGUCUCAGUACCCUGGACAGUAUGCUCAGGGGCCUCCUGGAGGAUAUGGCCAACCAAACCCAGGAAUGCCCCCUAUUAGCAUGCACAACGGCCAACCACUCCCAGGUGGAGGCCAGUUUGGGGGUCUCAUGAAGCCUGUCGUUCAAAAUGGACCCCCUGCAGGACCCCCUGGUGGUUUUGCAGGCCCGCAGGGGGAUAUUCUUGGGGCUUCAAGACCAGGUGGCCCAAUGCCUUUCCCAAAUAGGGGCCCAGUUCCACAAGGCCAGAUGGGAGCACCUAGACCUAUGAAUCCAAAUUUGGGCCCUGCACCAGGAACUAACCAGAUGACGAGUCAGAUGGGAAAUAUGAGCAUAUCAGGACCACCAAGGCCUCCAGGACCAGGCCAAAUGGGUGGCAUCCCAAUAAGAGGACCUGGUCCUGGAAUGAUGUCACCAAUGGGGGGAUCUUCAUCAGUGAGUGGGCCUCCCUCUUCAAUGGGUGCACCCCCUGCUUCAAUGAUUGGGUCUCCUUUAAUGGGCGGAACUCAGUCUUCAAUGGGCGGACCACCCUCUUCAAUGGGUGGACCCCCAUCAUCAAUUGGAGGACCAGGCAAUUUUAGACCGCCAGGAAACGUUGGAGCACCGCCUGGUAAUUUUGGUACUCCACCGGGCUCGAUGGCUGGCCCACCCAGUUCUAUGGGUGGCCCCACAAUUGGUUUUGGAGCAUCCCCCAGUUCUAUGGGUGGCCCAACAACUGGUUUCGGAGCUCCCCCCAGUACUAUGGGGGGACCGCCCAGCAGUUUGGGUGGUCCCCAGGGCAGUUUUUCUUCACCAUCUAGUGGGUAUAGCCACCCAGGUGUCAGUCAGGGCCCUCCAGGUGCUUUUACGCCCCCAGUCUUGGGGCAAGGCUUUGCACCCCCUUCAACAAUGGCCUCUGGAAUAAGGCCACCCAUGGCUGGGCCUCCAAUGAUGGGUGGUCCGCCGGGGCAAAUGGGAAUGGAUAGACAGACGCCAACAAGCUUGGCUGGUCAACCCCCAAAUAUGUCGGCAAGCAUGGGAGGUUACGGUCCACCGCAGCCAGGCCAGCAUACACCUGGUUUCCAGCCUGUCUCUAGUCAGGGCUUCCAGCCCAUGCCCCCACAUGCCCCAGUUGCGGGCUACCCUGGCGCGCCGCCCCAGCAGUACAACCAGCCCGGGUAUAGCGCUGGUAUGUCAGGGCCUACAACUGGUAUGCAACCCGGUAUGCAGUCCUCCUUGCAGCCUCCUGCACAGAAGAAACUGGACCCAGAUCAGAUGCCUAGUCCUAUUCAAGUGAUUGAGGAUGACAAGCGGAAUCGUAGCGGUGUAUUCAGCUCAGGGGGCAAAGGUCAGGUCCCUCCCCUUGUCACCACACAGUUCAUCACACAGGAUCAAGGCAACUGCAACCCAGUGUUUAUGCGUUCUACCAUGUACAAUGUGCCGUGCACCUCCGACAUGCUAAAGAACAGCCAUAUACCGUUCUCCUUGUCUGUUUCACCGUUUGCAAAACUUCAGCCAGAGGAGAACCCACCUCCCAUAGUGAAUCUUGGAGAGUUGGGCCCAGUGCGGUGUAAGCGGUGUAAGGCGUACAUGAAUCCUAAUAUGAUGUUCAUAGACGGCGGCCGACGCUUCCAGUGUGUCUUCUGUGGAGCGGCCACUGAUGUGCCUGACCAGUACUUUGCCCACCUGGAUCACACUGGUAGAAGAAUCGACAGUUACGACAGACCUGAACUGUGUCUAGGCUCUUAUGAGUUUGUGGCCACUAAAGACUACUGCAAAAAUGGAACCCUACCUAAUGCUCCAGCCUUUAUAUUUAUGAUCGAUGUAUCGUACAAUGCUGUGAAGUGUGGACUCGUUAAUCUUAUCUGUGAGCGGUUGAAAAAAGAUAUCCUCGUGAAUUUACCGAGGGAAACUGGUGCAGAGGAGUCAGAGAUUCAUGUCGGCUUUGUAACCUACAGCAAGGAAAUUCAUUUCUACAAUGUCAAGGGUACUUUGGCACAGCCGCAGAUGCUAGUGGUUUCCGACCUGGCUGACGUGUUUGUGCCUCUUCUAGACGGCUUCCUGGUGAAAUUGUCAGAGUCAGAAGCAGUUAUUGACAGCUUGUUGAGUCAGAUUCCCCAGAUGUUCGUCGACUCUCGUGAGACAGAGGUGGUGCUUGGUCCAGUGAUUCAGGCCGGCCUGGACGCUCUCAAGUCUGCCGACCGCUCUGGAAAACUAUACAUCUUCCACACGUCUCUGCCCAUUGGCGAGGCUCCUGGCAAACUGGCCAAUAGGGAUGACCGAAAACUGCUGGGUACCGAUAAAGAGAAGACAAUCCUUUCCCCACAGUGCAAGUUUUACAGUCAGCUGGGUACAGACUGCGUGGCUGUGGGAUGUAGUGUCGACAUAUUCUUCUUCCCUAACUCGUACUGUGACGUGGCCACAAUAUCGGACAUCUGUCGUCUCACCUCAGGCAACCUGUACAAAUACAGCUACUUCCAGGCGGAUCUAGAUGGUGACCGCUUCAUGGAAGACUUGAAGAAUAAUGUCCAGAGUCAGCGAGCAUUUGAUGCAAUAGUCAGAAUCAGAACAAGUCAAGGAAUUCGACCAGUUGAUUUUCUUGGUAACUUCUACAUGUCUAAUACAACGGAUGUGGAAAUGUGUGCUAUAGACAGUAACCAGGCAUUGGCCGUUGAGAUUAAACACGACGAUAAACUCAGUGAGCAGGACGGUGCUUAUAUACAGGUUGCCACAUUGUUCACAAGUGUGAGCGGACAGCGACGGUUACGCGUCCACAAUCAAGCACUCAACUGUUGUUCCCAGCUUGCCGACUUGUUCCGCAACUGUGAACUGGAUACUUUAGUGAACUAUAUGUCAAAAUUAGCAAUUCGAAACAUAUUAAACAAGAGUCCUAGAGAAACGCGGGAGCAUAUAAUGAAUGAGGUAGCACAGAUCCUGGCCUGCUAUCGAAAAAAUUGUGCCAGUCCAUCGUCAGCCGGGCAGCUCAUACUGCCCGAGUGUAUGAAACUGCUGCCACUGUAUGGCAACUGUGUGAUCAAGAAUGAUGGAAUCCAAGGAGGUCAGGAGAUUUCUACUGAUGACCGCAGUUACCUGAUGCAUCUCAUCAACUCCAUGGAUGUAAAGUCAUCAUGUGCAUUCUUCUAUCCUAGACUUAUACCUCUGCACACUCUUGAGCCUACUGGUACAGACAUGCCUACAGCUCUGAGGUGCUCGGCUGAGAGACUACAGGAUAACGGAGUCUACCUGCUGGAGAAUGGUGUUUCGAUGUUUAUGUGGAUUGGCCAUAAGGUUGACCCAGACUGGAUCCAGAAGAUGUUCGGUGUACAGAGCGCAGCUCAGAUUGACAUUGACAAGUUCCGUCUACUGGAGCUGGAGAAUGACGUGUCUCACAGAGUGCGUCAGGUGGUACAGAUGGUGCGUGCACAGAGGAACAGAUACAUGAAGUUGACGAUUGUGAGGCAGAGGGACGAGCUGGAGCGAUGGUUCAACCACUUCCUGGUGGAGGACAAGAGUCAGAACGGCAGUUCCUCCUACGUGGACUUCCUGUGUCACAUUCACAAGGAGAUACGCACGCUGCUAAGCUAAACAUUGCAAGAGGAGACAUUGCUUUAAUUUCAUGUUAAUAAUUUUACAGCGAGAAAUGGAAACUUGUGUGGUGAUCGAAAUUAGCGCCAGCCCUGUACAGAUGAAAAUGGGAAAUCUGGCUGGAUCUGAAUCGGGUUUCAUAUAGCUGCUAAUUUCGAUGACUGCUUUGAAUGUUUUGCUAAACACUAGGGAUGAGACAUCUUUUUAAUGCCACAUUUAUAUAUAAGUAACAAGUUUUUAAAUAAAGCUCUGCAGGCAAAAACACUUAAGAUGCUUUCAUUUGUGUGGAAAAUGAAUCGGGGGGGGGGGGGGGGGGAAGCAUGUUUCAAAGAUAGGGGAGUGGAAACUUUCAGAUCAUAUGAGAAAGACAUUGGGGAUGCACUUAACAAAGUGAUCUCCAGAGUAGAAUGCGAACAGUUGUAUCUGAUAUUGAAAUAUGAAGCAGAUACAUCAUUUUCACUCUCUUCCCCAGAUUCAUUUCAUGAUACAGUACUUGCAUAAUUAUUACAUCUUGUUAAAGUGGCUUUGAUAGUGAGCAAAACUCUUUAUGAAGGAAGGAAGUAUUAUAAAAACCAAUCUGUUCCAAUUUAUUGCCGCUUUUUAUCUGUUCCAAUUGGUUGCCUCUUUUUAACCAAUAAAUUAAUAUAUCUUAGUGUCAUAAAUACCACAGUUGUGAUAGCAGGUUACACCAAUACUAAACAUUGUUAAUGUAACUCUUUGAUGUUUGGUGAUUGACGAGAUUUUGUGAUAUAUAUAUAUACAUGUAUGUUAUAUAGAUGUUAUAUAAGAUUAUGAUAACCAUACACACCUAAUUGAUAUAAAUAUGUGUGUGUUCUAUAAACUAUGUUCAAAAGCCAAAGUUUUGUCAUAAAUUAUGUGUGAAUCAGCAAUACAUAAUGUAUAAAAUAAAGAGUAGAGAUUUUACAUAGCAUUAUAGUCCUUAAGUGUUAUUUUGAAUCAGUUAAUCACAAGUUGAUGCUUUUAUUCACAACUUCUUUAUUGUCACAUUAAAAUAAUUUCAAGGCCAAUUCUCAUUUUUACCUGGUUCAUUAAUUCAUAGUUUCAUGUGGUUAAAUUUGUAUAAUCAUUUAACAGCUUGUAGAUUAACAUCAUAUUCUCUAUGCAUUUUACUUCUUUACUAGCAAAAUGUAAUGACUAAGAAUUAAUUAUUGACAACAUCUAAUAGAUAGCAAACAUGUACAAAUCAAAUUAAAAUGCUACCAAUGCAAAGAUCAUUAACAGUGUGUAUUGAAUUAAAGCAGAAAAGUUAUUUAUGGUUAAAAUCCAUGAAAAUUGAUAAACAUUCUGUUGAAACGAAUGUCAUUUAAUAAUCUGAUUUUCCUUUUGAUCUUGAGUAUAUUUUCUUCACUGAUAAUUUUUUAUUAAUUUACUAGGGCUAAUAUUUUGGUUAUUUGCUACAAGCUUUUUCUACUUAUUAGUCGAUUUUGUUUCACAUAUGUUGUAUUUAAGUUAUAAGUUUUCUGGCACAUUUUCAUUUGUUUGUGUUGGUCAGUCAAAUUUAUAUAUACAUGUAUAUAUAUUGCGAACCUAACAAGUAUGUCACCAUUCAACGAGCAUUUAUUUAAAAGCAGUGGGACUUGCACGCUGCUUCAUGAUUAAAUGUAAGAUAACAGUUAAUGUAUUUAUUUCCUUAUUAUGUUGCAAUGCUUCUUUUUGCUUAUCAAGAUAGAAUCUGUGUAUGACUGCUAGGUGUGUAUUUGUGGAUGAAAUGGAGUUCUGCUAAAGUUUAUUAUUUCUCAUAAAAUCAGAAUUACAUCUUCAAGUAAGGUAAUAUAUUAGCCAAAAAGUACCUAGAUGUUUUUAUUAAAAUAGUUUAUACAUCUGAUGUUAAAAACAUUGCUUAAUUAACUGUCCAUGUUCAUUUGUAGAGAACUUAGUUUUGACUCUCAAUAAGUAGAAUGGAUGCUGUGUACCUUGUUAUGAUUGUUUUUUAUUAUGGAAAUGGAAUCGAUAUACAUUUAAAUUGAAAAUAAAGUAUUCUUUAAAUGAU